CCCUCCGCUAUAAGCCUCUUUGCCGCUUUCCCUCUCAACCUCUCUCGUCUCGGGCUCUUGUUUUCUGCUCUCUUGUCUCUGGGAGGGGAAGAAAAAAAACAUAAGCCAAGCCAACCCUUGCCCUUCCACUGCCAGACCCUCCUCCGCCUUGGGGAGCUGGGCUUGAGAGCGGGGGCUGCAGGAAAGCGCGCCCUGCCGUCCCCACCGUCCUUGACUUGGUGAAGGAGAAGAAGAAGUAGCAAGAGGGGGAAGAAGGACAGAAACUCCUUCCCGCACUCUUCUCCCUUCCUUGAACUCCCCAGCCCACCACAACCAAAACCCACCCGGCCUCCUCCACCCUCUCCUCCUCGCCUCACCAAAGAAACCUUGAGAGGAGGCGAAGGAGGGAGAGGAGUAGAGACUCUCGAGAAGCAUUUUGGAAGCGCUUGAAGGCGAGAGAAGGAACACCUGGGGGAGGAAGGAAUGCUUUUCGCCGCCGAAGAGGCUCGCCCCGACCGCCGCCUCCGUUGCCACCGCUCUUGCUGAGGAAAAAGAGGGAUUUGUUUAAAGCUGGGAGCAGCUACAUGACUGCGAGGAACGAGGGGUCGCCAACACCAUCAUGCGAGCGCAAAUUGAAGUGAUACCAUGCAAAAUUUGUGGUGACAAGUCCUCUGGAAUACACUAUGGAGUCAUCACAUGUGAAGGCUGCAAGGGAUUCUUUAGGAGGAGUCAACAGAACAAUGCCUCAUACUCCUGCCCAAGGCAGAGAAACUGUUUAAUUGACAGAACCAACAGAAAUCGUUGCCAACACUGCCGACUGCAGAAGUGUCUUGCCCUAGGAAUGUCUAGAGAUGCUGUAAAAUUUGGAAGAAUGUCCAAAAAGCAGAGGGACAGUCUGUAUGCCGAGGUACAGAAGCACCAACAGCGACUGCAGGAGCAGCGGCAGCAGCAGAGUGGUGAGGCUGAAGCCUUGGCCCGUGUCUACAGCAGCAGUAUCAGCAACGGGUUGAGCAACCUGAACAAUGAAACUGGUGGCACUUACUCAAAUGGGCACGUCAUUGACCUGCCGAAGUCUGAGGGUUAUUAUAAUGUGGAUUCUGCCCAACCCUCCCCAGAUCAGUCUGGCUUGGACAUGACUGGAAUCAAACAGAUCAAGCAGGAACCUAUUUAUGACCUCACCUCUGUACCAAACUUGUUUACCUAUAGCUCUUGCAGCAAUGGGCAAUUAGCUCCAGGGAUAACCAUGACAGAAAUAGAUCGAAUUGCACAGAAUAUAAUAAAGUCCCAUUUGGAGACGUGCCAGUACACAAUGGAGGAGCUACACCAGCUAGCCUGGCAGACCCACACAUAUGAAGAAAUCAAAGUAUACCAGAGCAAGUCAAGAGAAGCAUUGUGGCAGCAGUGUGCAAUCCAGAUCACACAUGCCAUUCAAUAUGUGGUGGAAUUUGCAAAACGGAUAACAGGCUUUAUGGAACUCUGUCAAAAUGAUCAGAUUCUACUUCUCAAAUCAGGCUGUCUAGAAGUGGUUUUAGUAAGAAUGUGCCGUGCCUUCAAUCCACUCAACAACACUGUUCUGUUUGAAGGGAAAUAUGGAGGAAUGCAAAUGUUCAAGGCUUUGGGUUCAGAUGAUCUGGUGAAUGAAGCAUUUGAAUUUGCAAAGAAUUUAUGUACGUUGCAGCUAACUGAGGAAGAAAUUGCCUUGUUUUCAUCUGCUGUUCUUAUAUCACCAGAUCGAGCUUGGCUGUUAGAACCAAGGAAGGUCCAGAAGCUUCAGGAAAAGAUUUAUUUUGCACUUCAACAUGUGAUUCACAAGAAUCAUCUUGAUGAUGAGACUUUGGCAAAGUUAGUAGCCAAGAUUCCAACUAUCACUGCACUUUGCAACCUGCAUGGAGAAAAACUGCAGGUAUUUAAACAAUCUCAUCCUGACAUAGUGAACACACUGUUUCCUCCGUUGUACAAGGAACUGUUCAAUCCAGACUCUACCACUGGCUGCAAGUAAAAGGAAAGAUAGAAUAUGUCACAUAGUCCUGGAAUGCAUCACUGUUAAGACAAAAGAAUUGUUUUCAUGAAGACUUUCUUUUAAAAAAAUGUCACUACUGCAACACUAGGAAUGUCCUGCACUUAAUAGAAUUAUUUUUCACCGCUACAGUUUGAAGAAUGUAAAUAUGCACCUCUGAGUGGGGCCUGUUUUCAUUUCUCUUCUUUUUGCUAUUUUUUCUCUUUUUUAAUGUUUAACUUACCAGGAAAAAGUUGCAAAAUAUAGAACACUGGGUGUUACCUUUAUUUUUGUUUUAUUUUAUUUUAUUUUAUUGGGGAUGUGUUUUGGGGCAGACAACUGUUUAUAGACAUUUUAUUGUAGAUAUAAAUGAAAACAGAAGGGCAAUUUGCAGUAUUGCUCUUCCUGCUUAUUGUUCAAAUAUAAUUUAAGAAAAUUCCACUAAACUAGGCUUAACUAUUUCUAUGUUUUUAGCUAGUUAAAUGCAUGUGGCAAUUUGUAGCCGUCUUGGAAAUAGGUGUGCGUGUAUGUAAUAUAUAUAUAUAUGGGCAUGAGCCUUUCCUGUGUGGAUGCAGCAUUGGUGCAAAGACAAUUCCUGGGCGGUGGCGGGUAACGUUCCCUGUUUCUCUUUUGCCCCCUGAAGAUGUACACAGGCAUUUCCAUGUAGCAUUCCAGAAAUGGAGAGGUAAAUGAGAUUGUCUGUUUUUAGCUCCCACAUUUAAUCCUCCUUUUCCACUCAGUGUGAACGGUGGGGUCUCCCCAAUUCCUGUAACUGUAUGUUAUUCUAUGUGUAAUCUGAAGGGACAAGGGGGAAAUAAUCCUAGAGGGAUCCUUCGCUACACAGGCAAGGAUCAUGUCUUGUGUAUAUAUAAAAAGUAUAUAUCAGGGAUGGGCAAGUUUGGUAUUCUCUGGGGCUAACUCUACCUUAAGACGAUGGUCAUGUGCCAGAAGAGUAUGCUAUUACACAGUUCAACAUUGUCAUCAUCACCAUGGAUUAUCCUAAUGCAGUUUCUUGGAUGGGGGAUUAUGUAAAAAAUAGAAAAGAAAGAUGCCCGGUUUUUAAAUCGUUAACACUCUUACUCAUGCACUGCCCUUCCCUCCAAGUAAAAUUGAAUUGCAAGAUUUUAAUUACAUCCUGAUUCCAAUGUGAUAGCACUACUGGGUCUUGGAUAGGAUUGCCUCAUGAGUUACUAGUUAGCCAACCUUGUUGUAUAUUGUUAUAUAGUACACAUAUAUAUGGAAUACGCACACACUUGUUGUAGCUUAAAGAAAAUGCCUAUUUUCUAAGGAUGCUGUCUUGCAUUUUUUAAACUCUCCAUGUAAUGUGUUGGUUUUAUGUUGAGCAAUUAGACUUUUGCUCUGCCAUCCAUCCACAUAUAAUGAAAACAUGAUUCAAUUUCUGAUCAGUUUGUAUAUAAUAUGUAUGCAGUAUAUGGUCACCGAAUGAUGAAAAGUCAGGUUAGUAUUAUUGGUGCCAAAGCCUUGUCUGGAUAAUUCAAAUGGACAGAGAUAAAGUUAUUGGGAGAUUUUUUUUUCCUCAGCGAGAGUGAUAAAGCAUAUAUUAAACAUAAUAUUAUAGGACAAAAUGCCAAUAGAGUAUUUAAACUACAGAGUAAAUUGUAUACCAUCCCAAACAGUACAUUUGUUUUGUGAGUCAGAAAGAGAGUUUAUUUUAUUACCUUCCUGAAACAAUAAUAAUAAUUAUUAUUAUAGGGCUCGGUAUUGCUCUGUGUUCUCCAGGGGAUAGCGAAGCAGGCCCAUGUUGCAUCUAAAAGUUAUACAAAGAACCAACCAGUCAUCAGCAAAGACAUUAUUGUAAACUGCAGGAUGAGAGUGAAGGCUUUCCAUAUGUACACCCAUCAUCGAAUGCAAUUGUAACAUUCCAGUGUCUAGGUAAACAGCUGUUUUUACUGGUUCACUAUACUUCAUAUCCAGGGCUCAGAUGGCUUGUUACCGCUUAACAAAACUGGAGUGGCAUAUUAAUUUAUUAGUGAUUAAUUUAUUAGUGAUCCUGAGUCUACAAAUGAAAAAUUAUUAUUAUUAUUAUUAUUAUUAUUAUUAUUAUUAUUAUUAUUAUUUUAUAGAAUAUUUUCUCCACUAGUUCCUACAGGAUUGCUUAAGAAGCCUCUUUUACACACACACACACACACACACACAUACAUUCCUGGUUCUAUUCGUGGAAAGAAUUAUGAGGAGAGAAGUAAAGGAAGUCCCUUCAGAUCCCAUAAUGGUUCCAGUGUUUCUUAGCAGUGUUUCCUCAAAACUGUAAUUUUAGAGCAAAUGCUUAACCAGUUGUUCUCCAGGGAUGGUUUUAAAAGAUCCCUGUGAGAACAAAGAAUCCAUGCUCACUGAUUCUGUGAUACUUCAGAGAGGUUGCAGACCCCUAGAACAUAUCUGUGCAAUCUUCUCUGAGCUUGCAAAAGUUACAAUGAUG